AUGCGUUCCUCCUUUCUCACUGCUGCUCUCGCCCUCUUGGGCUGCAGCAAGGCUGCGCCGCUUGAGAAGCGCGCUGCGUUGACCCAGGUCACCAACUUCGGCAGCAACCCGACUAACACUUUGAUGUACAUCUAUGUACCAACCAAGCUAGCCGCAAACCCUCCGAUCAUUGUAGCCAUCCAUUACUGCCAAGGCACGGCACAGGCUUACUACCAAGGAUCUCCGUACGCUCAGCUGGCUGACCAGUACGGGUUCAUUGUCAUCUACCCACAGUCGCCGUACAGUGGUACGUGCUGGGACGUGUCUUCGAAGGCAUCUCUCACCCACAACGGUGGCGGAGACAGCAACUCGAUCGCCAAUAUGGUAACCUACGCUCUCUCCAAACACAACGGAGACACCGCCAAGGUCUUCGUUACCGGCUCCAGCUCUGGUGCGAUGAUGACCAAUGUCAUGGCCGCUACUUACCCUGAGCUGUUCGCUGCGGCUACCGCCUAUUCCGGCGUACCGGCUGGCUGCUUUGUCUCUAGCUCUGGCCAAGUCGAUGCCUGGAACUCUACCUGCGCUUCAGGCAAGGUCAAUGCUACACCGCAGUACUGGACGAAUGUUGUAAAGAACAUGUAUCAAGGCUAUACAGGGUCUCGUCCUCGUUUCCAGGUUUACCACGGUUCGAUCGACACUACACUGUACCCGCCGAACUACAACGAAUCCGUUAAGGAGUGGACUGGCGUCUUCGGCUACAACUACCUGGCGCCACAGACCAGGAAGGCAAACUUCCCUCACUCCGGCUACACAACCGACAUCUGGGGUGUCACCACGGCGAACCCACUGGGUACCGUUCAGGGUAUCUACGCGCUCAAUGUCGGCCACACUGUUCCCAUUAAUGGGUGA